AUGUAGGGUCACAAGAAUGGGGAAACACCUUCCAAGGAGAAAACACACCAAACACGCGCAGCAGUGAGCGCUGCGGGGCCGUAGGACGCCGUAUACGUAGCAUCGGAGCUUGAAGUUUCACUAAAGUCGAGGUCCCCAGCGAAGCCCGACGGAGCUCGUCAGCUGACCGAACAUGGGAUGAACUCCUGACUUCGGAGCCCCAAGGUAAUCUCUUCAAUGACGUCUGUAUUCUUCUUCGCUGUGCCCCAAGUGUAUCCUGAGAGCGAGCGCCGCCACAUCCCGCGACCCGUGACCUCGGAGAGGGGGUGGACAACAUGCGUUGCACCACGGUCCUGGCCCUCUUGUUCGGGGUGGUGCUCUACCUGGGCAUGGGGGCAUUGGUCUUCCAGAAUCUGGAGGCCUACGAGGAGAAUCGCAAGUUCAACGAGCUAAUCACUGCCAAGGACAACUUCCUGAACUAUCACUCCUGCGUGAGUGAGCAGGAAUUCUACAAGCUGUUGAAGGACGUGGCGUCCUCGGUAGAAGCGGGUCUGGAGUUGGACAGCCUCUCCAGCAACUUCACCACCCGCUGGGACGUGGCCUCUGCCUUCUUCUUCUGCGGCGCCAUCAUCACCACCAUCGGUUUCGGCAACCUGUCGCCUCGGACGUGGUAUGGCCAGCUGUUCUGCGUGUGCUACGCUCUGGUGGGCAUCCCUAUGUUCGGCAUCCUGCUGGCGGGAGUGGGCGACCACAUGGGCACCGUGUUGAGGAAGGCCGUGGCAAAGAUCGAGACCCUCUUCCUGAAACGCCAAGUCCGCCCCACCACGGUGCGGGUAAUCUCCGCCGUGCUGUCCAUCCUGAUUGGCUGCCUCAUCUUCUUGGCCGUGCCCACCGUCGUCUUCCAGAAGUCAGAAGACUGGUCCUUCCUGGAAUCGCUCUACUUUGUGGUCAUCACGCUUACCACUGUAGGCUUCGGAGACUACGUUCCAGAUGGCAGUCAUGCCGGCGGUCUGUUCUUCAAACCUCUGGUGUGGUUGUGGAUCGUGUUCGGUCUGGCCUACUUUGCUUCCAUCCUCACCAUGAUUGGCAACUGGCUGCGUGUGCUUUCCAAGCGGACCCGCGGUCAGAUGGAGGAGUUGCGCGCUCACGCCACCGACUGGACGCAGCACAUGUCCAAAGACUUCCGUAUCCCCAACCCCUUGGAGUUCAACGACCCCUUCCUCCUGCAGCGCCGCCGCUGGAAGCGAAGCGAACGCCGACGCAUUCGCCGCGGAGCCCAGGUCACGUUAGGGUACUGGGCCCGAGGCGGGUCCGAGAACGGGCACAUCCCCGGACGCUGGGUCGGACUGCCCGGCUCAAGUACCUGCCUGGAAGGGCUCGGCUCCGCUUCGGGGAGGAUCACCACGAUGGAAUUGAUGGGGAGGCUCGACGGAGGCGGGACGAUGCCGAGGGCAAAGCCGUCUGCGGCAAUGGUCGCGCGUCGUUCCUUACCUCACCUGCUCACGCGCUCUUUCUCCCUUCCCGCCGCUCCGUCGGCCGCCGAACCGAACUCCACAGUACCUGGCGAACAGGAAUGCUCCCUAUCAGGAUCCGACUUUGACUCCGGAUCCGAAGUCUCGUCAGAGUCGUCGUCUUUCUCGCUUUUCCAGAAGCUCCGCGCUCAGCAUGCCAUCAAAGCUGGAGGAGACGAAAGGAACCCCGAGCAUGUUGAGAUUAAACCCUUACCUGACCCUGAUCCCCGCUCCUCACCACCAGCCUUGCCGCCCUACUCCACGGGCCUCCUGGAUUUUUUCGGCGAGAACCUGGCUUACAUUGACGAGUCGUCGGACACUCUGAGUGAGCGUGCUGACGAGAAAAAGCAGCGUCCAUGCAAGCCAAAGAGAAAGAGCGUGAGGAGGGUACACGAGCGAAGCCCGUCGCCGACCCGGAAGGCCGACGGAGAAAUGCGGCCGCCGUCCAAUCCGCCCACGCCACCUCCGGACUUGUCACUUUCGUCACUGACGAACACCCUGACGCUUUGAUAAUUACUCACUUCGUGCCUUUGGUAAAGUAGUCCAUUUGUUUACGACAUCUCACCAACAACGACAUGCGAAUGACUAUCAUGAUAAUCCGCAAAAGUCGAAUGGUGGUGACAGGGCUGACGGUUUGUCUUUAUCCCAAAAGCCUUCUUCACUUCUCAUAUUUAGAUGUGGCUCCGGUUUCCCCUUACGGUGGUCAUAGUUGGGCCAUUGUUAUUGCUGGGCUACAUGAAUAACUGUCCAGUAUACCAAUUCGUUUUACUGCCCCCGUAGUUUGCGGCCACUUUAACCUCUGAAUGACUAAUAGCUAUAUCCACUAUUGGGGCUUUGACAAUUCAUCAAUGUGGAUGAAUCAGGGGCAUAGGUUUACAUAGGGACGGUAGGGACAUAACCAGGGGUGCACAUAAGUGGUUCGCAUGCGCGCAUGCGUACUGGACGUAGACAAACGCACUAGCCCUCAACGGCUUCCAUAUGCUUUUGCGUACCGAUGGCCAGUGUUGGGCACAUUACUUUAAAAAAGUAAUUAGUUACAUUACUCACUACUUCUUCCAAAAAGUAACUGAGUUAGUAACUGAAUUACUCUAUUGUAAAAGUAACUAGUUACCAGGGAAAGUAACUAUUUCCGUUACUUUAAAAAGAACUUGUUCUAUGUCAAAGAAUUUGAAAUUUUCUGAGCAGUAUUCGAGUCAGUGGAAUAGAGAAGAACAGACAGGUAGUUAACUUGUUAGGCGCUUCAUCAGAUUUGAAUUGCUUACCACAGAUGUCAACAGAAGCUUUGCCCCGGGACCAGGGGUCGCGUUAACCGAAUAUUUUCCGUCGUUGACCGUUUUUUUAAAACGGUGACGGAAAAAACUGAAGUCCAUCCGUCAUUUUGACAGGUUGCAAUUCACACCCCAGACCACAGGGUGGCGAGUGAGCAUAUUAAUUAGCUAUUGUCUCUCUUGAUGCAUGACGUCGUUGGCCUUAUUCGGAAAAAUGUCAAGGCAACUGAGUGUUUGCCUGGCACGGCUAGACUGUUCUCCCUGUAUUUUACAACACUGAGAGAAAAGUCUGGGACAUAGCCUCUCGAGUAGGUACAAAAUCAAUCAACAAAUCAGAUUUGUUUAUUUGCGUGACGUGUUCUUCAAGAGCAACGUCACUCUUGCGCGCCGAAAGUUGUCUCUACAACAACACGGAUGGCGAACGGGAGAGCCGAGAAUAUGUUCCAAGCCGCGGUAAAUUCAGUUUUAAAUGAGCUAAAACACAUCGACACGAGUCAUUGACAACAGUCUGUCUCGCGCUAGCCAUGUUGAAUAAACUCCGUUCUCCUCGUAUGUUUACUUCCGCGCACAAGUCUCUCGUCCUGCCCUCGUCGCUUUGCUAACGGCACAGCUGCCCGUCCCUGAUUGGCGCACUCCACUGUCUGUUUGCCUCUUGUUAAGCUUGUUCGGACAGAAUAUUAAUUAAAAAUGAAUGAAAACUAAAUACUAUUGAAUAUGUCAUUAUUAUCAUUUUUAAAAUGUGACGGGUAAAAAUAGAUAAUGACCGGAUUUUUAUGACACUGUCAGUCAAAAUGACAGACAACGAAAAAGUCUAGCGCAACCUCUGCCCGGGACAUAGAUUACACAUUACAUGCAGGUUCUUUCCUUUAAUUUCGACAAACUUGAAAUAGUGUCUAUAUCUCCACCUCUUAAAGGACAAUUUUUCUUCUGAAUGCUCUGCCAUCCCGACCCUGUGCAUCUGUUUUGCGUGUGUGUAUUUGCCGCACGCGCUGUUCCGGUUUGCUUGUGAAAUCACCGGCUCUGAUUGGCUUACCACGACACAUGACUCUAACCCUCAGCCAAUCACAGUCACUUCCAUCGCAUCUCUCGAGGGGCUCCAUUCAGGUGGUUUCCCGACAAUUCACGUCACCUUCAAAGCGUCUGCCGUCCUCAAGAUGGAAGCAGAAUUAUUGUUGGCUGACAGUGGGAGAUGGGAACGAGGCUAGCAUCAGGUGUAGCAAACACAGAAACGUUACCAAACUUUGGAAAGCAUUGUCUAAUUGAAUGAGCAGGGACAAACAGCUUGGAGUCAGAAGUACGUGCGCUGUUCUCGAACCUGAACGCACCCCAAGUUUUGGAUGACAAAUCAACUGAGCAGAGAGUCGACUCGACACGGCUGGUAGUUUCUUCAAUUUAUUCAGAGUAAGUAACGCACCGCUUUUGACCGUCAAUAACGGUAACGGCGGAAAAAGUAAUUAGAUUACCCCGUUACUGAAAAAAUAACACCGUUACGUAACUGCGUUAUUUAUAACGGUGUUACUCCCAACACUGCCGAUGGCUGACGACUGUAUUUGCGGCGGACACGAGAAAAUCACUUCUCAAAAUGUCAAAAAGGCAGGCCCCACUGAGUAAUUAUUUCCGUGUUCCCCCACCCCCGUCAAAAGACAGACAGACGAAAGAGACGUCACCGGAGCUACAGAAAAAAAGGACUUUUGCUGAAAAGUGGCUGCAGGAGGUACCAUGGCUCGAAGCAAAUGAUGCUCGCACGGAAAUGUGGUACAAAAUUUGCCGUGAGAAUCCCAAUGUCGCUGAUAAGAGCAGCGCAUUUUAUGUCGGGUCAAAGAAUUUCAGCCAUCCAAACUUUGAAAAGCACGAAAAAAACAGAGCAUGUGGCAAUUAAGCAAACUGUCGAUGUCAGACAGCACCCCACUCGGCGGAAUAAAUGAAGAACAGCGUCUUGCACUGACAAACGUGUUUUUGCUCGCAUUUCACAAAACUAAACAUGCACGUUCAAUGAGCUCUGAUGAGGAGGACAUCCCACUUUUACAAAGGCUUGGAGUUAAUGUUGGAGCCGCAUAAUGCCCUUUAUUUUGAAUUAGUGCUUUUAUGUUUAUUUCUUUACAUUUCACUUCAAAGUAAUGGCAAUUUUGGUGUGCCAGUUGAUGUUAAUCAAGCAUUAAUUGUUGCUAUAAUUAAUUAAAGGUAAUUGGCUCUAAGUAAAGCUUGUCAUAAUUUUAUCACAUCAGGCGGGUCGGCUCUCAAGCUCAAUGAGGACCAAGUCACAUCUCCAGGUCCUCCUCUAAGAACCUGGGCAAAAAAAAUAUGUGCACCCCUGGACAUAACACUACCAACUUUUCAGGAUGCUAAAAUUGUUCCCACCAACUUUUAAGCAACCUUACAGUGGGGCAAAUAAGUAUUUAG